CUCUUUUGAUGUAGAAAGACUGCAAUACUUACAUGAUAUAUUCAAGAGACGAGCAUAGCGAACGAGUUAGGAAAUAGACUUAUCGUACUAAGAAGGGACCAAAUGAACAUCACCGUCUAACAAUACCAAUACCAUGUCUGGACCUGCUUCGCUGCAUGCAAUUGAUUAAGAGACGAGCAUAGCGAACGAGUUAGGAAAUAGACUUAUCGUACUAAGAAGGGACCAAAUGAACAUCACCGUCUAACAAUACCAAUACCAUGUCUGGACCUGCUUCGCUGCAUGCAAUUGAUUAAGGUGUUUCGUAUAUGAUAAACGCCAACUUUAAACUACGAUCGUUGAUUAUAUAUUGAUCAGUGCACGUGAUGAUGGUCAUAAUUGAACCAUGCGGAAACAAGCUACUCCUAGUUCCACUUUUUAUCACAGCUAUAGAGAAGUACAGUGAUAAACUAAAAUAAUAACAGGUCUUGACAGUUGACUUCAAGGAAACAAAACAAAAUGGACGAGAUGGAGGUAGAUUCCCAGAUACAACCGCAAGGUGAUCCUACUGACCAGUCAGAACCUCUGCCAGGAUAUUCACAAAUCCGUAAUGUGGCUGGAGGAUAUGUAUUCGAGGUUUCAGAUAUCGAUAAACUCAAAAGAUUUCUAUGUCUUGGGACUGAAUUGGGGUAUUACAAAGCUAAUUCAAUACACAGAAAGUUUUCCAGAUCAGAAGUUCAAGCAAUAGACAGAUUGAUCCAACUUGGACGAGGUCGAGAUGUCGUUAAAUGUAUCAAGGACGUAAGUGUUCUAAAUAGAGCAUGUAAACAGAACCCAACAUUGUAUGCAUUAGCGGUAUGUGCCAGAUCAAAUGACCUUAGUACAAAGCACGCUGCCUACAGUGUACUGAAUGAUGUUUGUCGUAUACCUACUCAUUUGUUUCAGUUCAUAAAAUAUUGUGAAGAAAUGAGCGGACAUGAGUCUGGUUGGGGAAGAGCACAUCGUAAAGCAAUCAGUCAGUGGUAUACUCAUUUCAGUGAAGCAAAUGGUAAUGGACAUAAAAACCCAUUGAAGCUUGCUUAUCUUGUAACCAAGUUCAGACGUCGAUUCAAAUGGAGCCACAAAGAUGUCAUACGACUAGCUCAUGUACGAUCGAGAAAUAAAGCAAUACGGAUGACUUUGCAAUACGCGCUUGGUAAAACUGUAGAAGAUGCUGAUUCUACCAUGUCUACAGAAGCUUCUGAGGUAAGGAAUUUUCUCAUGGCAGUACAUAAUGCAAAACAUUGCCACCUGGAGAAAGAUGAAGACAAGUUAUGUGAAUAUAUCGUUCUUCAUAAACUGAGCUGGGAGCAUGUUCCAAACCAGUUUCUUAAAUAUAGUGCGAAAGUUUGGAAAACCCUGUUUCGGUUGAUGCCUAUGACAGCUAUGAUUCGAAAUCUUGGCAAAAUGACGAGCUUAGACAUUCACAAAGGUAAACCAGAAGCAGACUUUUGGGUGAGCCUUGUAGAAACCAGACUUCGUGAUGAUGUGCAGUUAGCUAGUGCUCGUAUCCAUCCGUUGACACUACUGAUUGCUAUGAACCAUUACAAACAGGGCGCACAGAGAAAUCAUAAAAUAGAAUGGACUCCUAUUCACAGGAUCACAGAGGCACUGAAAAAUGCUUUCAUUAGAAAUACAAGAAUAAUACAACCAAAAGGUAGGAAGUAUUUGAUGGCUAUAUCUGUAGGGGAGAAUAUGCAAAAAAGUAUUUGUGGAUCUACGAUAACAGCUGGGGAAGCAGCAGCAGCCAUGGUGUAUUCAACCAUUCAAACAGAAGAUGUAGAAGUGAUCCUGUUCACAAACAAAAUUGAAGAAGCUUUAACCACCAAAAUUAAUCGGGGAGAAGACCUACAAUCUAUUGUGCAGAAGAUAUAUCAAAGACCACCUGAAACUGAAUCAAAGUAUACAAAGCAGGACUUGUCUGUCGCUUUUAAGUGGGCAGCAGAAGGGAGAAAGAAAUUUGAUGCAAUCAUGGUUUUCACUGAUUCAAUAACAAGUUGUGGAUUUAUCCACCCAGCAGAAGCUUUAAAACAGUACACACAGUACAUGGCAAUCCCUGACUACCGAUUUGUGGUCGUUGCUAUGACCAGCGAUAAAUACUCUGUUGCUGCUCCGGACAGUGUGCACAACCUCGACGUGGUUGGAUUUGAUACAAUGACACCAGGAAUAAUCAUGGAAUUCGUGGAAAAUUCUCAACAAAGACACAUUGAGAAUAGGGACAUUAUUUUGCAUGCUGAUGAAGACUUGUUUAUUGAUAUACAUUAAGGGGUGACGAGAAGAUUUGUCAUUUUUAUUUGCGGUCGUAUAUUGGUAUCACGUCGUCGUCAGCGUCCUCCGAAGACAUUUGGUUUCAGGACAAUAACUUUAGUAAAUGUAAAUAGAAAUCUAUGAAAUUUAAACACAAGGUUUAUAACCACAAAAGGAAGGUUGGGAUUGAUUUUGGGGGUUAUAGUCCUAACAGUUGAGGAAUUAGGGGCCAAAAAGGGGCCCAAAUAAGCAUUUUUCUAGUUUUCAGACAAUAACUUGUGGAACGGUGUAUGGAGCUCUCUGAAAUUAUACCACAAGUUUCCGUACCACAAAGGGAUGGUUAGGAUUGGCUUUGGGGGGUUAUGGCUCAAACCGUUUAGGAAUUAGGGGCAAAAAAGGGGGAAAAACAAGGGUUUCCUGGUUAAUGGACAAUUAAAAAAAGUACAAUGUUAUGUUUUGACUACCUCCCUUACACUGCUUUUAAUUUAUGUAUAAAGAAAUAUUGUAUUGUCUUGAGGUGAUUAGCUGUCAAUUUAUUUUUAUUAGUUACUUUUUAAAAAUGCUGAUUAAGGAAUAUUUAAUAUAUUAAUUUUAGCCAUGAUUAUGUAUGUCAUUUUCUAUUUUAAGACUUUUAUGAUGUAUUUAAAUGGGUAAUUAUGGUUGCAAACUCCAUUGGAAAUUUGAAUUGAGAUUAUGACCAUAUCUUGAGGGAAAGAAUUUUUUUUUUUUGGAAAAAGGGGGGGGGGCAAUUUUUUCUUCAUUUAGGGUUCAGAAUUUUUUUUUUUUUUUUUUUUUUGGGGGG